AGUCUGCAGCUCACUGUUGUUCGUGGCCACAUGCACCAUUUGGAGAAAGAAUCUUCAGCCUUUGAAAUGAGCCCAUACUCACAGGGUUUCUGCUGCAUUAACUGGAAAAAUGAUGGACUACCUGUUUCGACGUGAACAUCCACAGAUUGCUUUAUGUUGAUACAGGAACUAUAAACAUCAACACUAACAUGUUGGCAUCUCCAUCUUCUCAGCAGGUCAACCUUGAACCAGCCUCUGCUUCUUUUUUGGAGAGAGCUUCAUUUCGUACAAAAUAAACAAAACCUAUCUGGACAAAAUGAACCACCCACACUUGACCUGCAUUUGGGAAAUCGGGGGAGUCUGAGUGCCUCACUGAGGCACCCAAACAGUCAAACCUGUUGUGCUCAGGUUAAUGUUUCUCUGUAGUGUGACUGAGCGUGUGGCGUAGCUUUGGAUCCACAGUGGAACCACAAUCCAACGGGGCACCCAGCCUUCGGGCCGGAGAUGCUGCAUACCAGCAACUACUCCCUGGUGCUUCUGAUUCAGCUCAGCCUGCUCUCCUUCGACCUGUUUGUCAACUCGUUCAGUGAACUGCUGAGGAUGGAGCCGGCUGUCCAGCUGGUGCUUUUCAUCAUCCAGGAUAUUGGCAUCUUGUUUAACCUGGUCAUCAUUCUGCUGAUGCUGUUUAACACCUACGUGUUCCAGGUUGGCCUGGUUGCCGUUCUGCUGGAGCGUUUCAGAGCCCUGCUAAUGCUCUCUGCUCUCUACCUGACCUUCAGCAUCAUUCUUCACUCUUGGCUUGUGAGUCUGCGCUGGCUGAGAACCAACCGAUUUGUCUGGACAGAUGGGCUUCAGGUGCUGUUUGUGUUCCAAAGAUCAGCUUCUGUGCUGUACCACUACUUCUACAAGCGGACCUCAGAGUAUCUGGGCGACCCCCGUCUCUAUGAGGAUUCUCCGUGGCUGCAAGAAGUCUUUGCUCGGGUCAGACAGUGACCUCACUGCAGCAGAGUCCAGAUUCCACAAACUUGACUUGACUUGUACUUUAUUUUUAACUAACGUAAAAAAAAUAUAUAUAUUUUUUUAUACGACACAACUCGACACAAAAGCAAUCAAAUAAUAAAGUCCGAAAAGGAGCAGUUAGAAGUAAAACUUGUACAUUCCUACCCCCUUCUCACUUAUUCUUAUUCAACUUAUCUCA